GUCCGUUCACGUUCCCUCGUGAGCAGAGUAAGUUGGACACAGAGCAGAAACAGUGAAAUUUGACCUAUCAUAUURUCGAUAAUGGCUCAAUCCAAGAAAAAAUUUGAACGCUUCAAGCAGAAAGUUCAAGAAGCAUGGAAAGACAUCUCUUUGAUCACUUACGUUCUCGUGGUCCUUUUCGGUAUCGGUGCUUGGGUCGCCAUUAAUGGCCUUUGGGUGGAAAUGCCGGUYAUGGUUCAAGAGAUACCCGAAAGUUGGUCCUUGCCGUCUUAUUUAACCGUUAUCAUYCAGCUUGGGAAUAUAGGACCUUUGGCCUUCACUAUCCUUAAUCUUUACCAUCCGAAAAAGAUAAACGAAGUUUCUGUGACGUACGUCCUCAUCGUCAUCGGUAUUUCGUCUUGUUCACUUUUGGCUCUCUUCUGGAAAGAGACUGURUAUAUAGCAGGAGCUGAACGUAGCAUUGCUCUCUUGAUUCUCUCGUUUUUCCUAUCGACGGUCGAUUGUACAUCUUCCGUUGCGUUUGUACCCUACAUGGCACGCUUUCGUGAGAUUUAUUUGAGUCCCUACUUCGUAGGUGAAGGUCUAAGCGGGCUCAUUCCCAGCUUGGUAGCACUUGCUCAAGGGGUGGGGGAGGGUGCCWCUCACGAGAAGUGUGCAACCCCCUUAACUAUGAACACCUCCAAUGCAACCAAUUCAACCUCACAGAGCUGGGGUCCUGGUCCGAGGUUCUCAACAGAUGUCUUUUUUUGGUUUUUGACUGGUAUGAUGGCAUUAUGCGGGAUUGCAUUUCUGGGUCUUAAUACACUCCCUGUCAUCAAAAAGCAGAAAGUUCGGAAUAACUCGAUGCAUUCAUCAAUGAGUGAUGUAUAUGAAUUACAGAAUAUAGACAAUGGUGAAGGCCGACAAAAGCAUUUCAUCAAUAAUCCAGUUAUCGAGCAGUCAAUGCGGACCAAUGUCUUCCUCCUAAUUCUCCUUGCCGUCAUAAAUGGACUAAGCAAUGGCAUUAUCCCAGCUAUCCAAUCAUUUGCCUGUAUACCCUACAGUUACUACAUUUACCUUCUAACAUUAACACUAUCUAAUAUUGCCAAUCCGUUGACAUGUCUGAUAUUCCCCGUGAUCAGAACCAAAUCAGUACCUGUUUUAACAGUUUUAAGUGUUAUCUAUUGUACUAUGUGUGUGUAUAUCCUGGUCAUUGCCUCACAGAGUCCACAUGUGCUUCUAAAAUGCCAUGAUGCUGGUGCCGUUUUAAUAGUCUUGAUAAGUGUUUCAGCAGUUGCCGUAGUUAGUUACUGCAAAAUUGCA